UGUCUUAUGUUAAUCACAAAGUUAUUAUUGCUCAAAAUCCUCUUCCUGUUCCUUUCCUUCUCUAGAAACCUUUCUGUCUUAAUCAUUUCAUUUUAAUUUUUGUUUCACAGCUGUGAUAAAACUUCAUCACUCUCUGUUCAUCGGACGGUGGAGAUUUCAUAUUUGGCCGCGUGAUCAUGGCAUCUGCUGUACCAUCGAACAAGAUCGAGUCAGCUCACCAGAUUUACAGAGACGGCAACUACGAGGAAGCUUUAGGGUUAUACACGGAGACUCUCUCCAUGGCCAAAACCAAGGCUCAGAAGAUCGCUCUGCACAGUAAUCGAGCCGCUUGUUAUUUGAAAUUGCACGAUUUCAAAAAGGCAGCUGAAGAAUGUACGGCAGUGCUUGAGCUUGAUCAUAAGCACGCUGGAGCGUUGAUGCUACGGGCGCAGACGUUGGUUACUCUUAAGGAGUAUAAUUCGGCUCUGUUUGAUGUGAAUAGGCUUAUGGAAUUGAAUCCUUCGUCGGAGCUUUAUCAGAGUCUUGAAACUCGGUUGAGGACGCAAUUGUCGCUGGCUCCAAUACCUGAAUCUGAAGCCGAGUUGGAAGAAGAGGAAGAAAUAGAACAAUAUGGAGAUAAGAAAGAGCAGGAUGAAAAAGAAGAGGCACCUGUGGCAGUGAUAGGAGCUAAUUACAAAACAGAACCUUCCAAGACUAUUGAGGCUGAAGUCAUUUGGCCUAAAACAUCAAAUAUUAAUGGGUCUUUUGCAAUAGGUAGAGAGCAAAAGUUGGAGCCUAGAAAGACCAUUGCUGCUGAAGUUAUUGCUCAAGCACAGCGAAAAGUGGAGCACAGAAAGUCUGUAGCUUCUGAAGUUAUUGCUCAAGCACAGCGAAAAGUGGAGCACAGAAAGUCUGUAGCUUCUGAAGUUAUAGCUCAAGCACAGAGGAAGAAGGAAUCAUCUGAGCUGCAUUCUAAAGGAUGGCAAGCGAUUCCAAAACCCAAGGGACACUCAACUUUGGACUAUGCUCGUUGGGAUAGAGUGGAAGAUGACUCGAGUGAAGAUGACGACGACGACGAUGAUGAAGAAGACUCCCAGCCUCAGUUCCGUUUCCGUGUAAAAACUGUUGGUGUGCGACCAGUGAAGUGAAAUGAUUAACGCGGAAUACAGACAUGAAAUGUUGCACUUAUAGCUGGCUAGACGUGAAACGCAAAAGGUUGUGAGAUUUAACGACCAGAAGCCAAUUGUCUCGUGUCCUUAUAUAGAUAGAAGACUCCCUGCCUCAGUUCCGUUUCCGUGUAAAAAGUGUUGGUGUGCGACCAGUGAAGUGAAAUGAUUAACGCGGAAUACAGACAUGAAAUGUUGCACUUAUAGCUGGCUAGACGUGAAACACAAAAGGUUGUGAGAUUUAACGACCAGAAGCCAAUUGUCUCGUGUCCUUAUAUAGAUGCCGAAAGACCAGAUUUUGCCUGGAACAUCAAAGUGUAAAGCUGACCGAGGAGGUUAUAGAGAUGGGCUGGAGGAUUCUAGUGGAAGGCUUGUGGAGAAGCGUGGAGAUUAUGUUAUAAUAUCCAAAUAGCUGAAACUAACCAAUGCCUUCAAGUGCAAAAGUUCCCAUUGUCUGAAGUCUGAUUAUUUUGGGGAAAAAUCUCGAUCUUCGUCUCGAUACAAGUAUUGAGAUGCAGCAUUUCCUUCAGGAGGACUAAUCCCUUUUGUUCAUGUCGGAACAAGCAUUUGGCCCUGCGGAUUAUCGUUGCUAAAAGUUGACCAGUUUGAUUCGAUAUGUUGGUAAAUUAUUUUGUUUUUGGCUUCAUUAUGUGUUCUGUAUAAUCACAUUGCCAUACUACUGAUAUACAGUGGUUCUUCUGAUUGUGAUUUUAUCAGGGUGAAGCAGUUUUUUUUAUCAGAAGGUUGGAGAUAGUCCUUAGAUGGUCCGCAUGUACUUCUAUUUAUCAUCUAUUUGUAAUUUAGACACUCAUAAAACAAGCAUACAAUAUUAAUUGAUUGGGUUGUGAUUAUCUCAAGUUCAUUUUGAACUUGAGGGGGUCAUGUUCACGAUCAACACCGUUUAUUGUAAAAUGACGGUAUAGAUUAAUUUGAUUAAAAUUAUACUUUUUUUUAUCUACACCAUUCAUUUUACAAUUAACGGUGUAGAUUGUGAACGUUACCCUCUCAAGUUCACUUGAGUGAAUCCCAAUCCUUAUUUAUUUUAUUUUAUUUUAUUA